AUGGAUCGUAGGCUGGGUUACGUUUUUGUAGCUCUCCUGGCAGCUAUUCUCUUUUUUGUGGCAGUGGGUUACAGCGGCUGGGGAUGUGGAGAUAGCAUUCUCGGCCCUCGUUGUAUCAACCAGAAGGUGCAUGAAAUAACCGGUGCCCUCCUCCUCACUGCUGGUCUAAUCAUCUUCCUGGCUGCCAUCUUCCUCGUCCUCGUUGUGACUGACGGAAGCAGCUGGACUGAGAUUGUCUCCACUGUGGCCACUACAGUCGCUGCUAUCAUAGCCAUUGUGGGGGUAUUUUACUACUUAAAUAGCCGGAAUCUCUGGUCGCCCUUCAUUGCCACCACUGCGAUGUCGCUCACAGUCGCGCUGGCGGCUAUCCUUCUCUUCGAUCUCAUCACCUUCUAUAUGUAA